UAGCUUGCUUCCAGGUGCAACCACAAGAGGAAAGCCGCGCACCGCCGGUCCGUCGUGCAGAAGCUUGAAUGGGUGCUCUUCGUGGUCGCGCUGCCGCUUCCACAUGCCCCUUCCUUGCCUUGGCCGUCCUCCUGGCACUGCCGGGCCUCACCGCCGGCAUCACCCGGCACUACACGUUCAAUGUGCGCAUGACGAAGGUAACACGGCUGUGCGGCAGCAAGAGCAUCCCGACGGUGAACGGGCAGUUCCCGGGGCCGAAGCUGGUGGCGAGGGAAGGCGACCGCCUCGUGGUCAAGGUCCACAACCACAUCAACUACAACGUCUCCUUCCAUUGGCACGGCCUCCGGCAGCUGCGGAACGGGUGGGCGGACGGGCCGUCGUACAUCACGCAGUGCCCGAUACAGCCAGGGCGGAGCUACACGUACGACUUCACCGUCGCCGGGCAGCGCGGCACGCUGUGGUGGCACGCCCACUUCUCCUGGCUCCGCGUGCACCUCUACGGCCCGCUCCUCAUCCUCCCCAGCCGCUCCCAGGGCUACCCUUUCCAGAGCCCGCACAAGGAGGUGCCCAUCAUGUUCGGCGAGUGGUUCAAGGCGGACACGGAGACGGUGAUCAACCAGGCCCUUCAGACUGGCGCUGGCCCAAACGUCUCCGACGCAUACACUUUCAACGGGCUUCCUGGCCCAACUUACAGCUGCUCGUCCAAAGACACGUACAAGCUCAAGGUGCAGCCCGGGAGAACGUACAUGCUCCGCCUCAUCAACGCGGCGCUCAACAACGAGCUCUUCUUCGCCAUCGCCAACCACACACUCACCGUCGUCGAGGCUGACGCCAACUACGUCAAGCCCUUCACCGCCACCACGCUCGUCAUCUCGCCAGGGCAGACCAUGAACGUGCUGCUCACCGCCUCCACCAACCCUGCCUCCCAGGCGUUCGCCAUGGCCGUCGCCCCGUACACCAACACCCAGGGCACGUUCGACAACACCACCGCGACGGCAGUCCUCGAGUACUACGCCCCGACACGGCCGACCUCCGCCCGAACCCUCCCGCUCCCGGCCCUGCCGCGGUACAACGAUACCAACGCCGUCGCCAACUUCUCCGGCAACUUCCGGAGUCUGGCCACCGCGCAGUACCCGGCGCGCGUGCCGCGGGCGGUGGACCGGCACGUGCUCUUCACCGUUGGCCUCGGCACGGACCCGUGUCCGCCCAACCGGAUCUGCCAGGGCCCCAACGGCACCAAGUUCGCGGCGUCCAUCAACAACAACUCCUUCGUCCGGCCCAGCACCGCGCUCCUCGAGGCGCACUACCGGCGGCGCUACGCCGGCGUGCUCAUGGCCAACUUCCCGACGACGCCGCCGCAUCCGUUCAAUUACACCGGCACCGCGCCCAACAACACCUUCGUCGCCCACGGCACGAGGGUCGUGCCGCUCGCCUUCAAUACCUCCGUGGAGCUGGUGAUGCAGGGCACGGCCAUCCAGGGCGCCGAAAGCCACCCGCUUCACAUGCACGGCUUCAACUUCUUCGUCGUCGCGCAGGGCUUCGGCAACUACGAUCCUGUGAACGAUCCGACUAAGUACAAUCUCGUCGACCCCGUCGAGCGGAACACCGUCAGCGUGCCCACCGCCGGCUGGGUCGCCGUGCGCUUCCUCGCCGACAACCCCGGUGUGUGGUUGAUGCACUGUCACUUCGACGUGCACUUGAGCUGGGGUCUGUCCAUGGCGUGGAUGGUCGGCGACGGUCCUCUGCCGAAUCAAAAGAUGCUGCCUCCACCGUCCGAUCUACCCAAAUGCUGAUGGCUAGCUGCUGCUACAAAUUAAGGGCCGUGAUCUGCGAAUGUGUUGCUGCGUGCCACCUCAUUUUCAACCGUUGUUAUGUUUGACGAACCAACUCUUUGGUCCGGACUUUAUUUUACACAUGUGCCAAUUCUGUGGCAAGUCAUUCCACAGUGUCUCCACCUACUUAAUUCCUGUUUUGAAACAGAAUAAGAUGUACUACCUCUGUCCAUUUUUAGAUGUCAAAAGUUUAUCUAAAUUUGAAUGUAUCUAGACAUUUUUUAGACAUAGAUACAUCCAAAUUUAGAUAAACCACUGGACAUCUAUUAAUGGACGGAGGGAGUAGUUAUUAAUAAGUUCGUUUUUUUGUUGUUACCUUAUUUUUGUUCCACAUGUCACAUUUGUUGUUGUUGUGUGUACACCACUACGCGGCCAAGCCCUCAAUACAGCAAAGAAAGUGUAUAUUUCUAAGUUUUC